CGGGUCCAGUUCGGUGGUAGGUACGGUGUGGUGACAGGUGGACAGGUCGGUAGAUACACCUGCUGAGGCUCGUUACAACCGGCAGGGUUUCAGCUGAGAGGCGGACAUGGUCUCCACGAUCCAGAACACGGACGUGAAGCAGAAAGAUGCUGAUCGUGCAGUGGUUGUCGCGGUAACGUCUCGCGCAGUGUUCGAAUCUGGAGCUCAUGAUGGUGAUGACGUGUACGGAGCAGGUGUAGCUUUCCCGCUGCUCAGCACCAGACAUUACGGUAAUCUAACUUUUACCAUCAUCAGCAGCACCAGACAUUACGGUAAUCUUACUUUUACCAUCAUCAGCAGCACCAGACAUUACGGUAAUCUUACUUUUACCAUUAUCAGCAGCACCAGACAUUACGGUCUUGAAGUCAGCAGGUUCUGUUUUUCCAGCGAGGAGGAUUUCAUCGAGAGUUUACUGAAAAAUAACGUGCAGCUCUUCCUGUCGACGGACAGAAACGAGGCGCCGCGGGCAUCACAGAAAGGUGUUCUCUCAGCGCUGCUGGACCAGCAGGUAGCUCCGUCAGAGCAGCUCAGAGUAAUGUUCUGCGGAGACGCUGUCAUCCGCCCCGACACUGACCCGAUGCCGGCGAGCCGACUGGCCGCUCAGAAUUUCUCGGCUCAGCUCGGCAAGAUGCGGCAGAGGUUCAGCAUGUUGGACAGCCCUCUCAGCAUCGUCCUGGUGACGUCACAUGGCGGCAGGGAAAGUUGCGGCGGUGCCCUGCGGACACUGCGGUCCCGUGGCUUGAGCGUGGACGAGGCGUACUGUCUGGCUGGGGCCCCGCGGAGCCCCAUCCUGUCCGUGCUCCGAACUCACUUCCUGCUCAGCGACGGCUUCUGCAGCCUGGAGGAGUGAUGACGUCCCAAUCUGUCACAUGACCUCGCAAUAAAACUUCACUGUGUCUUUGAAACAAGCUGCCAAAUCUUCAGAUAGAGCUCAGCGUGAAACACCUGUUUGAACAAAACGUCUCAGCUCAUUGAGCCUCAAAGAGCUAAUCAGUGAUCCUGAUGUCAAGUUAAGAUGAUGCCAAAAACCAAACCACAGGAUUGGACAAAGUCACACAGCCGGUAACUGACUGUAUGUUUUGUUCACAAAUAUGUAUUUUAGUUUUUAAAUUAGAUGAUAAAAAUAAACCUGUACACUAAUUAGUAGUGUGCAGCUGUAUUACAGUCCAGUAGGGGGCAGUCUUACUGCAAUACUGCAAUCUAAACAUUUUAAUGAUGAGGGAGAAACGUGAAUUUGUAAAUUCUACACUAAGCUGAAGUCACUGUGUUUGAACUUUGACCCUUAAUGUUGGGAUUGCUGAGCAGAGGCUGUUUGUCGUCUAUAAUUUCAUCAGUUUAACUGUAUUUAAGUGUUUUUUUUGUCUGUUACUUUUUGUUUCCUUGCAGCUGUGUGUCUGAUAACAGUCUUUAUUUAAACCUCAUCUUGUACUCUGCUGCGCUGUCAUUUAGUGUUAGACCAGUUCAGCUAUCAGAUCGACAUGUUGACAGGACAACAGCCUCAUUCUGUUUCUGAAGCUCUGUAUAUUUUAACGGUGACAUAUUACGGAGCCUCUGAAGUCCUGAAAGAUGAUAUUAUUUUGUAUCUUGUGCGCACAACUUCUCAUUAAAGUGUCAGAAGAUCUGUCUUAGUACCACACCUGUGGUUCUGGUAUGUGGACUGAAGAUAUCCCUACAGAAAGAAUUAAAAAGAAAAAGGGAAA